ACUAAGGGGUUUUUGUUUUUGAUGGAUAAACUUGUUAACAACUUUCAAACAAAAAUUAUAAAAAUGUGAAUUUGGAUCAAAAACUAGUUUUCUUGAAGUGAAUAUAUUGUUUGUUUGGCGUUUUCCUAUCGCAUUAUAUCGCGAUACGUGACACUUGGUGGACGUUGGCGGAAUACAACAGAUAAAAAAAUGUCAUGUCAAAAAUUAUUAUUUAAUAUAAUAUGUUUGCUGGUUGCGCUACAGAGCGUGAGGUCUGAGGAACAUCCGCCAUGGAAGUGGUCCUGUGAGGAUGGAGCGUGUAAGAAGAUGAAACAUGAACCGGGUAGUUCGGGAUCAGCGCUGUCACUCGAGGCCUGCAAGAUGUUCUGCAACGAAUACGGUCUUCUGUGGCCCAGGCCGACGGGUUAUACCGACUUAGGUCGAUUCCUGUCCAAGAUCAAUAUAAAUAAUAUAGAAUUACAAAUCGAGAGGCGUGGAAGAUCAGAUAAUCUGAUGAACGCUGCCGGUCAGCGUUUCAAGAAGUUGGUGUCACUCGCAGUGCCAUCCGGGAUAAUACCAAAAGCGACCGGGAAAUCCGUCUAUGUGUAUCUUGUUAACGAAAAACCCGACGUCACGGACUUCUCAAUCGAUUUCGACGAGAGCUACAGGUUGAGAGUGUCCCCGGAGUCUAACGACCGUAUAAACGCUACAAUCGUUGGGAAUAACUUCUUCGGUAUCAGACACGGUCUGGAGACGCUGUCGCAGCUCAUCGUCCACGAUGAGAUUAAAAAUCAUUUGUUGAUGGUCCGUGACGUCACAAUCGAUGAUAAACCCGUGUACCCUUACAGAGGAGUGUUGUUGGACACCGCGAGGAACUAUUUCUCUAUCGACUCCAUCAAAGAGACUAUCGAGGCCAUGAGUAGCGUGAAACUGAACACUUUCCACUGGCACAUCACAGACAGCCAAAGUUUCCCCUUCGUAUCCAAGAGACGGCCAGAACUCACUAAAUACGGAGCUUACAGUCCCAGUAAAAUCUACACUGAAGAGAUGAUCCGUGAUGUGGUGGAGUUCGCUCGUGUCCGCGGAGUCCGAGUGCUGCCCGAGUUUGACGCUCCAGCACACGUGGGCGAGGGCUGGCAGGAGACAGACCUCACUGUUUGCUUCAAGGCUGAACCUUGGGCGUCGUACUGCGUGGAACCUCCGUGCGGUCAACUGAACCCUACCAAGGAGGAGCUGUACGAUGUUCUACAAGACAUCUACACGGAUAUGGCCGAUGUUUUCCCGUCGGACCUCUUCCACAUGGGUGGAGACGAGGUGUCGGAGCGCUGCUGGAACUCGUCGCGCCAGGUGCAGCAGUUUAUGGAGGAGAACCGCUGGGGACUGGACAAGGCCAGCUAUUUACAACUGUGGAACUACUUCCAGAAUAAAGCCCAAGAUAGGGUGUACAAGGCAUUUGGUAAAAGGAUCCCACUGAUUCUAUGGACCAGCACGCUAACUGAUUACAGUCACGUCGACAAGUUCUUAAACAAAGACGAUUACAUUAUUCAAGUGUGGACUACUGGCGAAGACCCUCAAAUAUCAGGUCUCCUGCAGAAGGGUUAUCGUCUCAUCAUGUCCAACUACGACGCCCUGUACUUCGACUGCGGUUUCGGUGCUUGGGUUGGAACUGGCAACAACUGGUGCUCUCCGUACAUCGGAUGGCAGAAAGUUUAUGAAAAUAGUCCUAAACAGAUGGCGAGAGACCACCAAGAUCAAAUUCUAGGUGGUGAAGCAGCGCUGUGGUCUGAGCAGUCUGACUCAGCGACCCUGGACAGUCGCCUGUGGCCGCGGGCCGCCGCCCUCGCUGAGAGGUUGUGGGCGGAGCCCGCGACCAGCUGGAGGGAGGCCGAGCGGCGGAUGUUGAACGUACGCGAGCGUCUCGUCCGUAAAGGCAUCAAAGCGGAGUCCCUGGAGCCCGAGUGGUGCUAUCAGAACGACGGCUACUGCUACGCCUGACUGUGAUCAACACUUAUACUUAACUUAUCAAUACAAUACUCAAAUAUAAUCUAUUUUCUUGCCUUCUAUUGACACAAAUUUUUCUGAAUUAAAUUCAGCUAAUUUUCUAUUACUGUACUACGAAAUAAAAUAAUUAAAUUUA